AUGGCUGCCGUUCCACCGGCCUCAGAAAAUGUCCUCGACGUUAUCGGGAACACCCGAUGUGUCAAGCUUCGGCACGUGGUCCCGGAAGGAUGCGCCGAUGUGUUCCUUAAGCUGGAGAGCUUAAACCCAACAGGCUCGUACAAGGACCGCAUGGCACGCUCGAUUGUGGAAGAGGCCGAGCUCCGGGGGGACCUGAAGCCGGGCACGACGUUGGUCGAGGCAACGGGCGGCAGCACCGGAUCGUCGCUCGCCUUCGUGUGCGCCAUUAAGGGGUACGAGUUCCAGGUCGUGUGCUCCGAUGCCUUCUCCACCGAGAAGCUGCGCACCAUGGCCGCUUUCGGCGCCAAGCUUGACCUAGUCCUGAGUCCGACCAAGCGCAUAACGCCGGACCUCUUCCCUUCCAUGCGGGAGCGGGCUCACUCGCUGGCCCAGCGUCCAGAUCACUAUUUCGUGGACCAAUUUAACAAUAAAGAUGCGCUGGUAGGCUACCGGAUACUGGGAGAGGAACUCCUGCAACAGCUCCCGGACGGCGUCGACGGGUUCUGCGCCGCGGUGGGUGGUGCUGGCAUGAUCAUGGGCGUGGCCAAAGUCCUCAAGUCGCAGUCGAAACCUUGCGAGGUAGUGGUGCUGGAACCCGAGGCGGCGCCAUUCCUCACGACCGGCCGCGGAGGAGUGCACGGCAUUGAGGGCAUCGGGGCCGGGAUGGUACCGCCAUUGCUUGACAAAGCCUUGUAUGAUGAGGUGCAGACCGUUCCCGAGGAUGAAGCAAGGACUAUGUGUCGGCGCAUUGCUCGCGAAGAAGGGCUACUGGUUGGUACAUCCACUGGUGUCAACGUUGUGGCAGCCCUGAGACUAGCACAGAAACUUGGACCUGGAAAAACCGUUGUAACAGUUGCUUGCGAUACGGGACUGAAGUAUAUGACUUCCGCUCUAUUCGAAAAAUAG